UUUUUCCGAUGCCAGACAGUUCAACGAGCUAAUGGUAGUUAGCCGCCUGGGCGUCAACGCCAGUAGUUUAUUAAGAAGGAAGUCAAAGCUGUUUCAUGUGAAAACUUUGCCAAAGCUGCUUAAGGUUUUUGAACAUCUAUAUUUCAUCAAAGCUUGGACCAUGUGAAUAUUUGAACCAACCGAUGUGGGUGGAAAACUUUUCAAGAAAUUAUUGCGACAAUAAGGCAUCCCCACCUGAUUCUCUGAAGUGUUUCAGCUAUUCUUCACACAAUUUAACAUGUCGUUACCAAACGAGUCAGGAAACAGAGGGAAAGAUCGAGAGAGGGGUGCCCGUCCAAAGGUGAGACAAAGCCGGUCAGAGGAGAGAAGAGAUGCGGGUGGUGGUCGAAAAAACGGAAAAGUGAAGAAAAAAGGUGUUUGCUUACAUGAAACGGCAGCCGAGCGGCCUGUCAGUGAUGGUUUUGAGUAUGGUGAGCUGCUGAGUGAACUGGAGGCCAGGAGCCAAAACACCUCAUCCCCUCUGAAGGAGAGCUGGAGAUGGCAGGGCUUGGACGUUGCGGGAUCAUUAUUAGGGCAAGGGGUUACAGCCAAGGCAAGUUUGGUAACGGUUAGCUCUGCCACAGACUUACCUGCUCUCAAUGAAACAGAUGGCAGAGGGUCAAGCGCCAGCCGCUCUUUAAGGCAAAAAAUUCAAGAUGCAAUGGGUCAGUGUUUUCCAAUAAAGACGCACAGUGCAGCAGCAUCGGCUCCACCCCAACAGACUUUUUCCUCGUCAGCUUCCUGUGCCCCUUCCUCCUCUUCCUCCUCCUCCAGACGGAAGAUCCAUCUCAGUGAGUUGAUGCUGGAUGACUGCCCUUUCCCUGUUGGAUCAGAACUGGCUCAGAAAUGGUAUCUCAUUAAGCAACACACAGCCCCCAUUACCCAGUCUCCCCUGUUAGAUUCUGCAGUAGUCUGCAGUGCCCCGACUUCAGCAAUGGCGGCAUCAGUGGAAGACGUGGACGACAAGCUACGAGAGCGCAGGCGCAUCAGCAUCGAGCAAGGUGUCGAGCCACCACCUAAUGCCGAGAUUCACACGUUUGAGGUGACCGCCCAAAUUAACCCUCUCUACAAGCAUGGUCCGAAGCUGGCACACGGGAUGAAUGAAUUAGCAGAAACUGACAGAACCUCUGUCCAUCAGCAGCAGCAGCUUCUUCUCCAAAGACAGGAGCAGCACCAGCUUUUACUACAGAGCUGUUUGGACACUCUUGAUGAGGUUGUAGCCUCGGCAUCUGCCUCUGUUCGCGCUGCUGAUAUGAGCUCUGAGUCUUUGGUUGACCCAGAAGAGAAAACGACCAAUCUGACCUCAAGAGCCCUACGUCCUGAGACUGAGAUUCAAAAAGCUCACGAAGGCUAUCGUAUUCACACUCAGAUCGAUUACAUUCACUGUUUAGUCCCAGAUCUGCUGCAGAUCACCAACCUCCCGUGUUACUGGGGAGUCAUGGACCGCUACGAGGCAGAGACCCUGCUGGAGGGGAAGCCUGAGGGGACCUUCCUGCUGCGUGACUCUGCCCAGGAAGACUACCUCUUCUCCGUUAGCUUCCGCCGCUACGGCCGCUCGCUGCACGCGCGCAUCGAGCAGUGGAACCACAACUUCAGCUUCGACGUUCACGACCCCAGCGUCUUCCACGCGCCCACGGUCACGGGCCUGUUGGAGCACUACAAGGACCCCAACUCCUGUAUGUUUUUUGAGCCUCUUCUGUCCAACCCCAUCCACCGCACACACCCUUUUAGCUUGCAGCACGUCUGCAGGGCAGUCAUCAGCAGCUGCACCACUUACGAUGGCAUCAACAUGCUCCCCAUUCCGAACGCUUUGAAAAAACACUUGAAAGAAUACCACUAUAAACAGAGAGUGCGCGUACGGCGGAUGGAUACGUGGUGGGAAUGAAAAUAAAACGACACCACCAAAUGCAUUUUUAGGCUUUCAUGUAGACUAUUAGGCUGUAUCAACUUACACUACCACACUGCUGUACUUUUUGUAUUUAUUUUAUUCUCACUGUAUGUUAUAACAAUUGUAUUCACCACACUGAUAAGGCAAUAUUUAAUCUCAAUGUUCUAUCAAAAGUUCCCUGAGCUUAGAAUAAACAAAGUGUUUUACAUA